CCUCACUCCUUCCUUUGUCCACUUUGGCUCUCCACCCUUCUUAACUUAAAUCUGUAGGCCCUUGUCUGGCCAUCCCUUUUACUGCCAGCUGAAAGGAGGAACAGUCUGACCACUGUUCUGGGAAGCCUCAUCUCUCUGACUGCUGUUGACAACUGCAGUAGAAACCUGCUCAGAUCCAGGGCCAGGGAGUGAGUAGGGUGAUGCCAGGAAGCUGGUGACGACUUUCCUUUUCUACCAUGGUUGACAGCACCAAGUAUGAAGUGGCCUCCCAGCAUGAGGCCAGUGCCUCCCCUCUGGGUGAUGAGGCCAAGCCAGAAGCUGAGCAGGUAAAGCUGAAGAAGGAGAUCUCGCUGCUCAAUGGCGUGUGCCUGAUAGUGGGGAACAUGAUUGGGUCAGGCAUCUUUGUCUCUCCCAAAGGGGUGCUUAGAUACAGUGCCUCCUUUGGCCUCUCUCUGGUUGUGUGGGCUAUCGGGGGCCUCUUUUCUGUCUUUGGGGCCCUCUGUUAUGCGGAACUGGGCACUACCAUUAAGAAAUCGGGGGCCAGCUAUGCCUACAUCCUGGAAGCCUUCGGGGGAUUUCUUGCCUUCAUCCGCCUCUGGACCUCCCUGCUCAUCAUCGAACCCACCAGCCAGGCCAUCAUUGCCAUCACCUUUGCCAACUACAUGGUGCAGCCCAUCUUCCCCAGCUGUGGUGCUCCCUAUGCUGCUGGCCGCCUGCUGGCUGCUGCCUGCAUUUGUCUUUUAACCUUCGUUAACUGUGCCUAUGUCAAGUGGGGAACCAUGGUGCAAGAUUUCUUCACAUAUGCUAAAGUAGUGGCGCUGAUUGCUGUUAUCAUUGCAGGCAUUGUUAGACUUGGCCAGGGAGCCUCCGCUAACUUUGAGAACUCCUUUGAGGGUUCAUCAUUUGCAAUGGGUGACAUUGCCCUGGCAUUGUACUCAGCUCUGUUCUCCUACUCUGGCUGGGACACCCUCAACUAUGUCACUGAAGAGAUCAAGAACCCUGAGAGGAAUCUGCCUCUCUCCAUUGGCAUUUCCAUGCCUGUUGUCACCAUUAUCUACCUCUUGACCAACGUGGCCUAUUACACCGUGCUAGAGAUGAAGGACAUCUUGGCCAGUGAUGCUGUUGCUGUGACUUUUGCAGACCAGAUUUUUGGAAUAUUCAAUUGGACAAUUCCACUGGCAGUUGCAUUAUCUUGCUUUGGUGGCCUCAAUGCCUCCAUUGUGGCUGCUUCUAGGCUUUUCUUUGUGGGCUCGAGAGAAGGCCAUCUUCCUGAUGCCAUCUGCAUGAUACAUGUCCAGCGGUUCACACCUGUGCCUUCUCUGCUCUUCAAUGGUAUCAUGGCAUUGAUCUACUUGUGUGUGGAGGACAUCUUCCAGCUCAUCAACUAUUACAGCUUCAGCUACUGGUUCUUUGUGGGGCUUUCUAUUGUGGGUCAGCUUUACCUGCGCUGGAAGGAGCCUGAUCGACCUCGCCCCCUCAAGCUCAGCCUCUUCUUCCCCAUUGUCUUCUGUCUCUGUACCAUCUUCCUGGUAGCUGUUCCACUUUAUAGUGACACCAUCAACUCCCUCAUCGGCAUUGGCAUUGCCCUCUCAGGCUUGCCCUUCUACUUCCUCAUCAUCAGAGUGCCAGAACACAAACGACCUGUUUGCCUCCGAAAGAUUGUGGCAUCUACCACACAGUACCUCCAGAUCCUAUGUAUGUCAGUUGCUGCAGAAAUGGAUUUGGAAGAUGGAGAGAUGCCCAAGCAACAAGAUCCCAAGUCUAAUUAAAUACCAUCUGGAAUCCUGACAUGUGGAAAGCUGGGACUUCUUGGCUGGAGUGAAGGGAGAAAACAAGGAAAGCUCACUUCUUUGGAGACUUGUCCAGAAGCCUGGUUUAGGCAGCUUCAGCCUUUGAACUUGCUCUUUAGAGAUGAAAAGUAAUUUAUUUAUUUUUCUACAUAUCGAUCCAGACUUUGUAAAGGGAUGAUAAAACAGACUGCUGGGUGAGCGUGUCAUGGGCAGGCUUGGUUUGAUAGCACCUCUGAUGGGCCUACCCAUUCUUUUCCUUUACAAGGGCCAACACUGCUCCAAACUUGUCUCCUUUAGAGAUGUGGAACUGUCACAGAUGCUGGACAAUAAAAGGGUUAUGUUC